UAUGAUCAUCUGGCCAGCUUGGAAACUCCUCCUGUGUUUGAGCCCUCUGGAAAAGAUGGCUUUAUUAAUCUAGUAGAGAGAACUUUAAGGAUGCUGUGAGGUUUGUUAGUCUGAUAACGACAAAACCUUGAUAACAUUUCAUAUCAGUACUUUUUCACAAAACUCCAUGUCCACAGCAAGUACUAACUUUAAAAAAAAAAAAAAAAGGAAAGAAAAAAUAGAAUCCUCCUACCUUCUUAAAAGGCCUACUGUGGGCUGCCAGUCUCACUUUAACUCCUCUCCACCCCUUGUUUAUUGUUUCCCUGUGGAAGUUUGUACCUGAGAAGGCAUGUGUUUCCAUUUAGAGAAAAUGUCUAUGGUGUGAAAUUGUGAAAGUUAGUUGAUUGGGGAUGACUUAGCUCUUUCUGGGAGCAUCAUCUUCUAACCUGCAGAGUUAAGUUAGAUGCAGUAGAAGAGAAUUCUGCACCUGCUUUUAAACUCUUUUGCCCUUAUUUCAAAUCCCAGCUCAUUCUCGGAAUUUGUUAAGAAGCAGUGUGGUAUGACUGGGAUAAGGAAGAAAAAGAAAAGCAUGUUGUCACUUGAGACUGCCUUAGAACUGUUUCCCAGUCAGGGUUGGGUGUUUCUUGUCCUUUGGAAGAGAACAGGCCUAAACAGUACCUUCUUCAUCCUGUAGCUACGAGGAAGGCACCAAGAUCGAGGUUAGAGAUGACUUACCUGGCUGAUGUUUAGUCGAGUGUAAAUGAAACUAACUUUAAAUAUGUAAUGAAACAAUAGAAGUGAAAAGAUGCUGUUUUUUUAAAGGACGUAUUUCACAUAAAUUUUAUUUCUUGAGCAAAAUAUAAAAAACCUAAAGAAUGAAAUUGCAAAGUCAAUGGGAGAAUCAGAGACCUAUAUUUAAAUGAUAUGCCUGCUUGUUGGAUUUUGUGCAACAUUUAGUUUCUUUAAGCCUUAGUUUCUUAAUGUAAAAUGGGGUAAAUAAUAUUUAUCUCACAGAAUUAUCCUAAAGAUCAAAUAAAGGCUUUAAAGCCUUUCACACAGUGUCUGUCCCAGAGUAGCUGCUUAAUCAAUGGCAGCUAUAUUGAUGAUAAUAACUUAAUAGUAUUGAAUACUUUACCAGGCCAAGAAAGGAAAGAAAGAAGGAAGAGGACAUGGGGAGUGCAAGGGACGGUGAUAACAAAAUGAACUGAUUAUGUGUAUAUAAAGUAGAUCACAUUAGGCAGGGGUGUCAUGAGGAUUAGUGUGAUAGUGACCUUGUUGCUAAGUGCAAAAGCAAAACAAUGACAUAAAAACAAGUAGGCUCGGCCCUGGUGGAGGAGAGAGAUGGAGGCAGACACUGCAGGAAAGAAAGCUGAUUAAAAAGGGGCCUUUGAUUCCACAGGCACAAAAAUCCACAGCCAGGAAUUUGCUGCCACCUCUGAGUCAGGCAGGGAGGUGGGGGUGGGGUGCACAAUCCCAUUAGUAGAGAAUGCCCAGUGGAUUUAGUCUGAGAGUCACAUUUCUUAUUUGGACCAGUGUAGACAGGAGCAAACCCAGCUCACUUGUUUCCUGGGACAGUUGAGUUAGGGGAUGGCUUUUGCAGAGCACUCACCGCUGACCCCUCACCGCCGGGACCUCUGUAGCCGCUCUAUCUGGCUAGCAAGGAAGAUUCGUUCAGACCUGACUGCUCUUUUGGAAUCUUAUAUGAAGCAUCAGGGCCUGAACGAGAACAUAAACCUGGACUCUGUGGAUGGCGUGCCAAUGGCAAGCACUGAUCGGUGGAGUGAGCUGACUGAGGCAGAGCGACUCCAAGAGAACCUCCAAGCUUAUCGUGCCUUCCAUGCUAUGUUGGCCAGGCUUUUAGAAGACCAGCAGGUGCAUUUUACUCCAGCUGAAGGGGAUUUCCAUCAAGCAAUACAUACCAUCCUGCUCCAAGUUGCUGCCUUUGCUUACCAGCUGGAGGAAUUAAUGAUGCUGUUGGAACACAAGAUUCCCCCCAACGAGGCUGAUGGGAUGCCCAUGAUUGGUGGAGAUGGUGGUCUCUUCGAGAAGAAGCUGUGGGGCUUAAAGGUGUUGCGAGAGCUUUCACAGUGGACAGUGAGAUCUAUCCAUGACCUUCGAGUCAUUUCUUCUCAUCAGACGGGGAUUCCAACACAUGGGAGCCAUUAUAUUGCUAAUGACAAGAAAAUAUAGUAAUUAUCCCCUCCUCUCUCUCCCUCCUUCCUUUUCUAAUGGAAUAUACACUGCCCUGAGGCCUCAGUUUCCCAUUCUUGUUUUGAAAGGUUGAAAGUUUUCUAACCUUUGAGACCAUAGGCAUUUUCAUCAAGUAGGGUUGGAGACAUGGACAGGUUUGAUCUGGGUGUGUGUGUGUGUGUGUGUGUGUGUGUUGGAGCCAUAAUGGAAUGGAGGCAAGGGCAACAUCCUUCCACCUUAGUGCUCUAACCUUUCUACCCACUAAGUUAACCUUACAAGGAUUUAAUAGUCUCACAGGAUAAAUAUGUUUAACUUUAGUCCUAGAUGACUUUUCUGGGAAGAUUAAAAAUUAAUAGUCCUGGACUCUAGCCAAUUCAAACUCCUGGAUAAUAAAAAUACUAACAUUUAUUAAGUACUAUAUUGUAGCAGUAUGCCGGGAGCUCUGUGUAUCUUAAAAUAUUCACAACAACCCUCUUGAGGGAGGUAGUGUUAUUCCUAUCUGGCAGAUGAGAAAACAAGUUCUAACUUGGUCAAGAUUACCCAACUAGCAAAUGGCACACUUAAGUUUGAACCCAGGUAUUUCUUAUCCCAAAGCCUAUGUGCCCUUUACUUUGGAGGCCUGAUUAUGACCCUCUGUCACUGCACCUCUUUGCCGUAGAGAGUUGGAAAAUACAUUCAUGUAUUCUAUCCCCAGCACUGGAAAACAAUCCCCAUUAUAUGUCCUUAUAGGUCAGUGACACAAUUUUAGUGUUAAAGGCGGUAUUUGUUGCCCACGCUUGGCAAAAACGAGAGCAUUAGAGAUGUUAAAAUUCUGUUUGGGGAAAAGAGUAGGCCCACCAGACUUCUGAAAUUAGGAAACUGAAGAUGUGCUGUAAUACAGCCUGCUUUAUAAAGUGUUCACAAAUGUUUUGGGGUUGGGCACAGCUCAGAGCAGCUUACCUCGUAUUUAUGGUGAUCAGCAGUACAGCGAUACAGGCCCUGUAAGCAAGCAUUCACGGACAAUGGUUGGAAUAGUACUCAGGUUAAAAUGUCACAAAACUCCUUUACCACACAUUCUCUGGACUUAGUCAUGAGGAGAGGGUGAGGCCCACUCUGUUCCCAGUGGGAAUGCCAGCAAUUCUGAAACAAUAUAUAGCACAGCCUCCAUGUUUCACAACAAAGGGACAGGGCACUGUGUUUAAUGUUCUUGAGAGAAACACUGUGAAAGACACCAAUGGGCAAAUGUGGGAAUUAAUAGAGAAAGGUCAUUUGUGGUCGGGUCUGUGGACUAGUGGUGCAGCAUAAAUCCAAAAGUUCCCAGGUGUUACGGUAUUUCACACUACCAGUUAAACCCACCAUCUUGGAUGCAGGACCCAGAUUAAUUUAGUUUACUUACUUGAAGCUCCUGUGCUCUUAAGUGAAUCAGGAGUCAGAGAGGGCUAGCACCCAUAGGCUGCAUGAGAUGGGAUGGGGGGACCUAGCUUGUGUCUUUUUCCCACAAGGGUUCAUGAGGUCAGUGUUAAAAGGACUCUGGGUUGGGCACUGUGGCAAUACAAGGGACAUAAGGCCCUGCUCUGUAGUCUGCAUUUGUGGAAAUGAGCUUAUAUGCAUAGAAGACAUCAAUACUGGUUGAAAUUGGGAGGCACAGGUGUUUUUAAGUGUUAGGGAGUUAAAGAAAAGGAGCUCAACAAGGACCCGAAAUCCCUUUCUGGAGGAGGGGGGAGUUCAGUUGUGUCUCAGAGGUUGGCUGAGUACCAAAUAGAAGAGAAGUGACAGAGACAAGAAAGAGUUGCCUGUUUAGAAGAAAGUGAGGCAGUAAUAAACAUUCGGGUCCCACUGCCACUAGAAGUUUAUUGUUUGGUUUUAUUUCAUUUGUAAUUUUGGAGUAGAGAUAGAUACUUCCUUAGUAAAUGCAUAGAGGCUUACUUCAUUCAAGCUUUUUCUUCCAGCUGGUUCUGCUUCAAGAGCAAUAUUUCUCAUUGAUAAAGUACCUGUGAAACUCUUAGAUUUAAUUAAAUUAAUGUGAAACUCUUAGAUUUAUCUGUGAAAUAUUUUACACUCUUUAAUAGAUAAAAGAGGUGACUACAAAUUUUUAGUGCGGAAUAACUGAUAACAAAGUUGCUGAAUCUGAAAAGAGUGACCCCUCUCCGAGUGUUUAUAUUUAGGAAAUGUGACAGAGCAGACAUCAGCAGAAGUUUCAAAAGUCAAUGGAACAUGGCUUAAGCUCUGAGUUACGUGCGAAGGAAUAUUUAUAUGUAAGAGGCACAUUUGAAGUGGCAGAGUGUCCAGAAAAGGUACAAGUACUAACUAUUGAAUGGGAGGAAAUAGGAACCUGUAGAAGUCUCUAUUAGGUCACAAGCAGCAAGUCACCAGAGUGUACUCCCAGGGUCGUGCUGAGUUCCGUACCAGUUUCUUCUUCAAGAAAACUUGCAACAUGCCUCAAAAAGUAUGGAGAAAAUCCUUAGAAAAGUGUAGAUAAAAUAAAGGAGAAGUGAGCACUUACCUUUAAAAACAAAGGCAUAAAUGUGAAUGGAUCUGAGUGUGUAGACUGCAUCAUGCUUAUCUGAAAUGGACAAGACAGUGAAAAAGGGACCAACAAUAGGUCCAUGUUCUAGGUGUGUGUCUUAAAUACAGAUAGGAAUAAUGGCAACACUGUGGUAGUAUGGUUUCUUUAAGGAUCCAGAAUCCAAAAGAAAUUUUUGGUCUUUAGAUUUUACUUUCCUUGUUCCUUAGAUCUAUAUAUGGAUUGGAUCUGGGGAAUCAUAUUUUUAUAUACAUGUAAAC